CGGAGUACCAUCAGUUAAGGUGACAUGCGAUCUCUCAUAUUGAUAGCGCUCUUUGCACUAUGCAGUACAGUUGCUGCCCAAGGCUGGUCGCAUGCCCCCGACUGCGACGCUGACCCUGAUCGUCAGUUCUACCCACAUGACGACUGCAACAAGUAUUGGUGGUGCAUCAACGGCGAGGCGACGCUGAUGCUGUGCAGCCCCGGGACGUACUUCAACUCCCAGACGUCCCGCUGUGACUUCCCCGAGAACGUCGACACCAGCAACUGCCACGUGUGGACGUGCGAGGCGGACGGCAUAACUUACGCUGGCGCGGAUUGCAACGAGUACAACAGAUGUGAGCAAGGAGAGCCUGUACAGAAGUUUUGUGCGGACGGGCUCUAUUACAACGCAGACACCGGCAUGUGUGACUUCCCAGCCAAUGUCGACACGAGCACCUGCAACGGCCCAACCACCACAUCUACUACCACAACGACGCCAACUACCACGACAACACCAACAACCACGACCACCUCUCCAACGACCACUACCACUUCGCCAACUACCACCGCACGCACGACUACCACCAGUGGACCAACGUGGCCGAAACCUCCCGACUGCGACGCUGACCCUGAUCGUCAGUUCUACCCAAAUGACGACUGCAACAAGUAUUGGUGGUGCAUCAACGGCGAGGCGACGCUGAUGCUGUGCAGCCCCGGGACGUACUUCAACUCCCAGACGUCCCGCUGCGACUUCCCCGAGAACGUCGACACCAGCAACUGCCACGUGUGGACGUGCGAGGCGGACGGCAUAACUUACGCUGGCGCGGAUUGCAGCGAGUACUACGAAUGUGAGCACGGAGAGCCUGUACAGAAGUUUUGUGCGGACGGGCUCUAUUACAACGCAGACACCGGCUUUUGCGACUUCCCAUCCCAUGUCGACACGAGCACAUGCAACGUCUCACGACUAGGAUUAAAAAUUAUGCAAAUUAGGUGAAGAACUCCAGUAAAACCGAAAAAAACAUGAAAAAUAGUGAAUUGGCCAUACAGUUCAACGUAGCCUUGAAUAGUAGUUAUGUAGGUUAUAUUGGUUAUAUCAGAUAUAGUAAUCAUACGGAUGACCAUACAGAAAGAAUAAUUCAUACGGAUAGUAAUAUAGAUAGUAUUGAUCAUAUGGAUAGUCAUAUGGGCAAUGGUAGUCGUAUGGGUAAUCAUCGAAAGCACGAGGAAACCAUUCAAAUAUCCAAAAAUUAUUCACGUUUAUUUAA